AUGUUUUUUGAAAAUGCGUAAAAUUAUAAUGAAAAUUAUAAAAUACAACAAAUUCAAAUAAAUAACAAAAUAAGAGAAUAGACAAAUUUAGAAUAAUGGUAAAAAGUAUUAUUAGAAAAAUUGAUUAUUCAAAGAUUAGAUGGCCAAAGAUUUUUAGUUUCAUCUAGAAAAAGAAUAAACAUUGGUAAGGUAAUUAACGAACUUGAGUAAUUAAAAAAUUUAGGAUAAAUAUAAUAAGGAUAAAUUAAUUAAAAGAAGGAUGAUUUAUAUGAGAUUUUAGCAUCCUUAACAUAAAUUGAUGUAAAAAUAUUUGGGGAGAUAAUUGAAAGGAUGAAAAAACAACAAAAAUCUAAAAAUCUGAUAUUGUUGAUUUUAUUUCAAAGGCAAAAAACAUAAAUCUUCAUGAAUAAAGUUUAAUAAAUGUUGUUAGAAAUAUUUAGUAACAUGAGUUUAAUAAAAAUAACUACUCAAUAGAAAAUUAUGAUUAAAAAAUAGAAUUAAUUAAUAAAAUAAAAAAAGAAGAAAAAAAUUGUCUAAUUUCUAAAAUUUUUAGUUCUUCUAACUUCUACAGAUAAUCAAUUCAUUUAAUGUGGAUCUAAUUC